AGGUGAGGCCCGUGCCUGAGAGGGAGGGGGCUGGGGAGUUCAGGGAAGCAGGGGAGCUGGCACAGGAGGCUGGACCAGGGAAGGAGGGAGGGAGAGCGCUGCUCACUGGGUCUUUGCCAGGACAGGGUUGCUCGGGGUGGGGGUGGGGGCGCUGAUCCAGAACCCAGGACAAGCAAGUGGGGGGAUCUUAACUCCAGGGGCUUGGGGGAGUCUGGGACGUGGUGCCAGACCCAUCAGCUCUGGCCGGAGUUCCUGGGUCCUGGUCUCCCAAAAGACAAGAAGCUGGGAAAAGGGGGUGCGUCCGAGUCCAGCAGAGGGGUCCCACGGGGGGGACAGUAUGUGACAGUCAGCCACCUCUCCUCCAGUGGGUGCUGAAAGGGGCCAAGUGUGUAAAGGAGGGAGCAGCUGUGUGUGUGUGUGUGUGUGUGUGUGUGUGUGUCAGGUGUUUGUGAAUUCCGGGUGCAUGCCCAGCUCUGCCAUCUGGGUGAGAGGGUGUUAAUUAAACAGGGAGCAGGUGCUCAAUAAAUAUUUGUCCAGUGGCAUAGCUCAUCUGUAGGAGUACAUGGCUGUGUGUGUCCAGCGGCAUCAUGGAAGCCCCCCGGGGCUGGCUGGUGAUCAUGAUCAGUGUGCUGGCCGUAUCCCUGGCCUCUUCGGCGGCCCAGGACACGUGCCGAGAUCUGGACGGGAGGGACGGGGCCGCAGGAAAACCCGGCCGACCCGGGCGGCCAGGCCCCAAGGGAGAACGAGGAGAGCCGGGAGCCCCUGCCUUUCAGACUGGCAUCCGCGGCCUUAAAGGAGACCAGGGGGAGUCUGGGUCCCCUGGAAAACCUGGCAGAAUGGGCUACCCGGGGCCCAGCGGCCCUCCAGGGCUCCCGGGCCUCCCAGGGUUGAAGGGCAUCAAGGGCAACCCGGGAAACAUCAAGGACCAGCGCCGGCCGGCCUUCUCGGCCGUGCGACAGAAUCCUCCGACGAGCGGCAACGUGGUCAUCUUCGAUGAGGUCAUCACCAACCAGGAGGGCGCGUACAAGAGCCAGCUGGGCCAGUUCAUCUGCGAUGUGCCAGGCUACUACUACUUCACCUUCCAGGUGGUGUCCAAGUGGGACCUCUGCCUGUACAUCAUGUCCUCUAGGAGAGACCAGGUCCAGCAGUCCUUGGGCUUCUGUGACUUCAACAGCAAGGGACUCUUCCAGGUGGUGUCUGGGGGCACGGUGCUCCAGCUCCAGCGGGGAGACAAGGUCUGGAUCCAAAGAGACCCCAAUAAGGGCCGCAUUUACCAGGGUUCAGAAGCGGACAGCGUCUUCAGCGGCUUCCUCAUCUUCCCCUCCACCUGAGCCAGAAAAAGACCCCCCCUACCCGCCUCCCCACCACGGCCUCUGCUUCCCGCUGUGUGACCCUGGCCUACUCAGGCCACCUCUGUGGUGGCUAUGCUCCACUCUGUAAAGUGGGGGUGCUGUUGCUUUAGCUGCCUAAAGGGAGAUCAUUUCUCAAAUCUUUUUCUGGAAUAAAAUACCAUGAGUCCAUCACGUC